UUUUUAUCUCUAGAAUAAUAAUGGCCAAUAAGAGAGAGAAGAAGAUUCAGAAGAAAGUUGAAGGGUAUACUCAACUUACUACUUACUUCAUUGGUGGCAUUAAUGUUUUCUAUAUUUUAUCCUUGAUCUAUUCCUUUACCAGCGGAGAUGGGGUAGGAUUUUGGGACAUUAUCAUCUUCCUUUGGUUCAGUUUCGUUACUUAUACAACCCACAAUGCUGUAUUAGGAGCAAUGACUAAUGACUAUGGAUAUUCAUACUACCAGGAUAUAUUCAUUAUCAACUUGUUCGUUCAAUUUUUGGCGAUUUUCAGCAGAAAAUCAUUAUAUCUAUAUCUGUUAAUUCCUGCAUAUCUGGUCUAUGCCUUCGGUGGCUACAUCUGGGCUUACAUUGUAGGACCAGGAGAAGCCGAGCCUGAGGAGCAGCUGUCAGAUAAAGAGAGAAGGAAGCUAGAGAAGAAACGGAUCAAGCAAGAGAGAACCAAGGUCAAGUAUGUCAAGUAACAGCUGUUAGAGGAGAUAUUUAAUUGCAAAAACUUUCA